GAUAGACUGAUAGAGAAACGGAUAAUUUCUUCUGCGAACCAGAGAGAGAGAGAGAGGAGUGCACGGUGUUUAGCAAUGGAGGCAAUGCAGUUUUCCACAGUUGCCUCCGGUCAGUUCCCGGCGACUUCUCAUCCCUAUUCCGUGAACAGAAGAUUCUACAGUCCGAGAAAUUGUGCUGUGGGGUCGAUUCAAGUUGGCUCUUCAUGGACUGCUUCAACCGAUGGUGCCUCACUUUCUUCGCGGAAUCUGUUCACUAGAGAAGUAUGGGGAUGGAUAAAUUCCAAGAGUGUUACUCCUAGGAGAGAUGUGCGUGGUGUGGUGAGAGCAGAAAUGUUUGGACAAUUGACUAGCGGUCUUGAGGCUGCUUGGAGCAAGCUCAAAGGAGAAGAGGUGUUGACAAAGGAGAACAUUAUGGAGCCAAUGAGAGAUAUUAGGAGGGCUCUCCUUGAAGCAGAUGUGAGCCUUCCUGUUGUUAGAAGGUUUGUCCAGGCUGUCAGUGACCAGGCUGUUGGCGUUGGCCUUAUUAAAGGAGUUAGACCAGAUCAACAAUUGGUUAAGAUUGUAUCUGAUGAACUUGUGAAAUUAAUGGGUGGAGAGGUGUCUGAACUUGUUUUUGCAAAAUCUGGGCCGACUGUAAUACUAUUGGCUGGUUUGCAAGGAGUUGGAAAGACAACUGUUUGUGCUAAGUUAGCCAAUUAUCUUAAGAAACAGGGCAAGAGUUGCAUGCUUGUUGCUGGAGAUGUAUACAGACCUGCUGCCAUUGACCAACUUGUUAUUUUGGGUGAGAAGGUAGGUGUGCCUGUUUAUACAGCAGGGACUGAGGUUAAACCUUCUGAAAUUGCAAGGCAAGGUUUAGAAGAGGCCAAAAAAAAGAACAUAGAUGUAGUGAUAAUGGAUACAGCAGGAAGGCUUCAGAUAGAUAAAGCAAUGAUGGAUGAGUUAAAACAAGUGAAGAGGGUGUUGAAUCCUACAGAAGUCUUGCUUGUUGUGGAUGCAAUGACUGGCCAAGAAGCUGCCUCCUUGGUCACAACUUUCAAUCUUGAGAUAGGGAUCACUGGUGCCAUUUUAACAAAGCUAGAUGGAGAUUCUAGAGGUGGUGCAGCUUUGAGUGUUAAAGAGGUGUCAGGAAAGCCUAUCAAGCUUGUAGGACGUGGAGAGGGCAUGGAUGACCUUGAACCUUUCUAUCCAGAUCGUAUGGCUGGACGCAUUUUAGGAAUGGGGGAUGUUCUCUCAUUUGUAGAGAAGGCACAAGAAGUUAUGCGUCAAGAAGAAGCUGAAGAGUUGCAAAAGAAGAUUAUGAGUGCUAAGUUUGACUUCAAUGAUUUCCUAAAGCAGACUCGUGCUGUUGCACGUAUGGGUUCCAUGACCCGUGUUAUUGGAAUGAUCCCUGGGAUGGGGAAGGUUACUCCUGCUCAAAUUCGAGAAGCAGAGAGGAGUUUAAAGAUAAUGGAAGCAAUGAUUGAAGCCAUGACACCUGAGGAAAGAGAGAAGCCAGAAUUGUUGGCAGAGUCUCCAGUGAGGAGGAAACGGGUUGCUCAAGAUUCUGGUAAAACAGAGCAGCAGGUGAGCCAAGUUGUUGCUCAACUCUUCCAAAUGCGUGCUCGCAUGAAGAAUUUGAUGGGUGCAAUGGAAGGUGGAUCUAUUCCGGCACUGAGCAAUCUUGAGGAUGCAAUGAAAACUGAACAAAAGGGCCUCCCCGGUACUGCAAGGAGGAAGAGAAGAUCAGAGUUGAGGAAGCAGUUUGCAGACUCAGCAUCCACAAGGCCAAGCCCCCGUGGAUUUGGGGCUGGAAACUAGGCAAUAUUUUAAGACAGCGCAAAAGCUAAGCCGCACAAUUGAUCAUAGGCCUUGAAUUUUGCCACGAGAGGUUCUGUCAUCUUUACUUGCAAUGUGAAAAUUCAUUGUAUGCUUGUCCACAAAGUACUAAAAGUGAAAACAAUAAUGCAAAAGUCAAUGUUACAAAAAAAAUUCAUGUAAUUUAACGUUCUUAAGCAUAUUAGGUGUCCAUAAUGCAUUAUUUAAAUGGGAAAGCAUCAAUCUGGUUUCUUUUCUUAGGUUGAGAAAUCUUCCAUGACAGGGCACUUGAGGGUAAGUAUGUUAUUUCCAUCUACAGGGUUGGUUACAUCGCAGACAGAAUGCUCGGGCAAUUAAUAGAAAGUCGUUGAGAAC